CUCCUCUUGUUUUCUUCCCUUGGUGAGCUCGAAAUAGAGCACUACUCCACUCAAAAGUCCCAAAGGGGAGCAGAGCUCUGCACACUUCACCAAUGGCGGCGCUGCCGCUCCUCCUCCUCCUCCUCGCUGUAGCCUCCCUGGGCCAUGCCGCCGACCCCUACGCCUUCUUCGACUGGGACGUCUCCUACAUCACCGCUUCCCCUCUCGGCGUCCCGCAGCAGGUCAUCGCGAUCAACAAGAAGUUUCCUGGUCCCAUCGUCAACAUCACGACCAACUACAAUGUGGUUGUCAAUGUGCUCAACAGCUUGGACGAACCCCUGCUCAUCACUUGGGAUGGGAUCCAGCAUCGUAAGAAUUGCUGGGAGGAUGGGGUGCUUGGAACAAACUGCCCGAUACCACCAGGUUGGAAUUGGACCUACAAUUUCCAAGUGAAAGACCAGAUUGGGAGCUUCUUCUACUUUCCACCCCUUAGUAUGCAGCGUGCUGCUGGGGGUUUUGGUGGUAUCACUGUCAACAACAGGGCAGUGAUUUCAGUCCCAUUUGAUACACCGGAUGGGGACUACACACUGUUUAUUGGAGACUGGUAUAAGAAGAACCACACGGACCUGAGGAAGAUGCUUGAUGAUGGGAAGGAACUUGGGGUGCCUGACGGUGUUCUGAUGAAUGGCAAGGGGCCAUAUAAGUACAAUGACUCCCUCGUUCCGGAUGGCAUCGAGUAUGAGACAAUCAAUGUGGAACCAGGGAAAACCUAUCGUUUCCGUGUCCACAAUGUGGGUGUAUCUACAAGCUUGAACUUCAGGAUCCAGAAUCACAAUUUGGCACUUGUGGAAACGGAGGGUUCAUACACAAUGAAGCAGAAUUUCACAAAUCUUGACAUCCAUGUGGGACAGUCUUACUCCUUUCUGAUCACCAUGGAUCAGAACGCAAGCAGUGAUUAUUAUAUUGUUGCCAGUGCUAGGUUUGUGAAUGAAUCAAUCUGGUCCAGAGUUACUGGUGUUGCAAUUUUGCACUACUCAAAUUCAAAGGGCAAAGCAUCUGGUCCUCUUCCUGAUCCACCAAAUGAUGAGUAUGACAAAACUUUCUCGAUGAAUCAAGCACGGUCAAUCAGGAUGAAUGUGAGCACCGGUGCUGCCCGUCCUAAUCCUCAAGGUUCUUUUCACUAUGGCAAUAUUAAUGUGAGCCAAGUAUACAAGUUAAGGAAUGAGCCACCUGUUACCAUCAAUGGUAAAAAACGGACAACGUUGAAUGGUAUCUCUUAUUCUCCACCUGAAACUCCAAUGAGGUUGGCUGAUCUUUAUAAGAAGGAAGGAGUGUACACACUUGACUUCCCCACUAUGCCAACUGAUGGACCACCAGUGGUUGGAUCUUCCAUCAUCAAUGCCACGUACAAGAACUUCAUGGAAAUUGUAUUUCAAAACAAUGACACGAAAGUUCAGACCUACCAUAUUGAUGGAUAUGCAUUUUGGGUCGUAGGGAUGGACUAUGGUGAGUGGACUGAGAAUAGCCGUGGGACUUACAACAAAUGGGAUGGUGUUUCUCGUUGCACCACUCAGGUAUUUCCUGGAGCAUGGACUGCUGUCCUACUGUCACUUGAUAGCCCGGGUGUUUGGAAUGUGCGCACAGAAAAUCUGGACACAUGGUACCUUGGCCAGGAGACUUAUAUCAGGGUCUUGGAUCCAGCAGGAGGUUACAAUGUUACUGAGAUGGUGGCACCAGAUAACAUUCUCUACUGUGGCCUCCUCAAAGAUAAACAGAAGGCUCAAAAGCCUCAUGGUUCGUCGGGUUUAGCUUCCUCUGCGGCAGCACUGAACCGCCAUUUGCUUGCAGUUUUGGUGUCUCUGGUGGUAGUGGCGUUUGUCCAUUGAAACUGUUUGCCUGCUUGCUCUGUUGUUUUUAAGUUAGGAGACUGACAGAAUUCGGGUAGGUGAGAUUUGUAGGUUCCAUGAUUCGUGUGGAAUAGUGUGAUUGUGCAUCGGCGAAGUUGUCGGAAUUUAACAGAAAUUGUGUAAACCAUUGCAUUGCUUGAGUCCGUGUGUCCUGUGUGUCGUCGGCACCUGCAAGCAGUGGUGCCUGAGAGUGUGUUUUCUCGCAUUCAAAUUAUUAGCUACUAGUAGAGAUCUGGAUAUUGAUCAUUGUCAUUCCAUUUCAAUUUACUGGAGAAGUUUGUGGAGCUGCAUGUCUGUUAUGUUCCUGAACGAAUUUACAGCCGGCCAUUUGAGGCCUGGCUGGCUGGUACUGGCAGAGCG